UUAUCACUUUUAUCGAACGCACAAAAGAUCCUCCGCUAUAAAUAUUUGUGGUGAAGAACUCUUUAUACCAAACAAAAAAAGCUAAAUACCAAAUAAAUGUUGGUACUCAUCAUACAUAUAUAACUAACUCACCUUUUUGGUGUGUAGAUAAAUAUAUCUAACUAACUCCAUUACAUAUUCCAGUCAUUUGCUUAUAAAUUAUAACCGUCACACUUACCAAUUCAGUCACUUAACCAAACAUGUCUGAAAAGGGGUUGAUAAAAAAAGAAGACCACAUGUUUCAAGAGGAGAAGAGAAAGACAAACUAUGGAGCAAUUGGCUUGGCUUGCUUCAUUUCUUGUUUCUUUGCAUUCCAAUUCAUGAAAAUCGUAACAACACAACCUUCAACAACAACAACAUCAUCCAUUGCCGUUAUCGAUAGCCCAAUGUCCUCCCAUAAGCUAUCUGAUAGGAGAGAAAUAUGGAGAGUUAUCCCACCAUCUACCUAUUGUCUCAAAAUCGAAUCUUUCAUAAAAUUCGCCACUUCUCCAAACGCCGAGAAGUACGAAUCCCGUCCUUUUGAAUCCGGUGGAUACAACUGGACACUUAUUGUCUAUCCUAAAGGAAACAUUAAGGAAGGAGCUCCACUUAAUUACGUUUCAAUGUACGUCCAAAUAGACAAUUCAACACUCCUUAACUCUCCAAAAGAAGUUUACGCAGAAGUCAAAUUCUUCAUUUAUAACCGGAAAGAGGACAAGUACUUAACAUAUCAAGAGACGGAUGCAAAACGCUUUUUUCUGUUCAAACCAUAUUGGGGAUAUGGUAAUGUUAGACCCUACACCGACGUGGCUAAUCCCAAUGCUGGUUGGCUUUUCGACGGUGACAAUGUUUUAUUCGGUGUGGACGUAUUUGUCACUGAAGUUUUUAACAAAUGGGAAGUGUUCUCAUUCACUAAGAGUUUGCAUGACCGCCUUUACAAAUGGACGUUACCCAAUUUCUCGUCACUAGAGAAACAGUACUAUGUCUCUGACAAGUUCGUGAUCGGUGGGAGAAGCUGGGCUUUGAAAGUGUAUCCAAGUGGCGAUGGCGAAGGACAGGGUAACUCGUUGUCGUUAUAUGUUGUUGCGGUUGAUGUUAAGCCGUAUGACAAGAUUUACCUAAAAGCUAAGCUACGGAUUAUAAACCAGAGAGAUUCUAAACACAUGGAGAAGAAAGUUGAAAGCUGGUCGGAUCAAGCAAACAGUUGGGGAUUCCAGAAGUUUGUACCAUUUGCUGAUCUUAAGGAUACUUCUAAAGGUCUUCUUGUGAAUGAUACAUUGAAGAUGGAGAUUGAAUUUGAAGAUUUCUCUAACACAAAAUACUUUCCAAGUUAAGUUUUGCAUAAUGCAAAACCAGAGAGCUUGGAACCAAUUGUGUUCUGUUUUUUAAGUGUUUUUGUGCUAAUAAUUGGAGGAUUGGUCUUCCUAAGGUUUAGGAGCCUAUCUCCCACUUUUCCCAAUUCCCUAGUUUGUAGAAAUCGUUGAUUCCAAGCUAGCUUUUCUUGUACUUGUUUCCUAUUUAAAUAAAUGAAAACUAAGAAUAAAAGCAGUCUUAAUUUACCAUUGAAAAA